AACGGACUCGCAGCAUAGAUUUGCCAUAGUCCACGACGGUGCUUUAAGGAAAUCAAAAUUCCCAAUUAACUCCCCAUUCAACUUCAACAUGAACGAAGGCAUGCCAUCCACCUUGACGCUUGCAACAGCUUCCGGGCUGAUUGCGACUUUCUUCAUCUUCAUUCUGUGCCGGACCAUCUUUCAUCCGUUGAGAUCCUUUCCCGGCCCUUGGCUGAACGCAACGACAGAGCUCCCGAGCGCUCUGAGACUUGCAAAGGGACAGCAACAUAUCUACUACCACAGGCUUCACCAGGAAUAUGGACCAGUACUCAGGACUGCUCCCAACGAGCUUACGUUCACCAGCGAUCAAGCCUGGAACGACAUUUACGGUCUCAAGAACGGCGUUGUCCUGGAGAAAAGCCCCAUCUUCAUCGGAAUCGCGUCGCCUAUGAAUGGUUGCGUUGGAGUCGGUCUUGCGAAGGGUAAGGAGCAUACCCGGCAGCGCAGAGCUCUGGCGCCUGGAUUGUCCAAGACUGCAUUGUACAAGCAGGAAGAGAUCAUUCAACGCCAUGUGUCUGCCUUGCUCGACUUGCUGCGUGAGAAUGUCGAACGAGAUGAGCCGUCCAACAUUGCGGAAUACUUCUCCUUUACAACUUUUGACGCCAUCGGCGACCUGUCCUUCAGCGAGCCCUUCGGCUGCCUCGAGCAGAACAAGACCACUGAAUGGGCGAGCGCCAUGCGACAAGUCGUGAUCUUUGCAUCGUACGAUCAAGCCAUUCGGCGAGUCGCAGGCGUCGAUACUUGGCUCCGGGAUCUCUUGUUGAAAGUGUGUAUGCCGGCCAAAGCCGCACACUGGAGAAUGCUGCAUGUCAAAAAGUCACUCGAGAAGACCGCACAGCGUCUCGAAAAGCCAGACUCCGAGAAGCAAGACAUGAUCUACCACCUCCUCCGUGAGAAAGAUCCCAAGAAGAGCCUCAACCACGACGAGAUCAAACUCAACAUGAUGCUGUACAUCAGCGCUGGCUCGGAGACGACUUCGAUCACCCUCACGGCUUGGGCGUACCUGAUCGGCACGCAUCCGGAAGCAUACCGCCAGCUCACAGACGAAAUUUGCUCCAGCAUCUCUUCUUCCGCUGAUAUCAAAGUCGACAACGUCAUGAGCCUUCCUUAUCUCGGCGCCACCAUCAACGAAGCCAUGCGUCUCUUCCCACCCGGAGCCGUAGCAAUGCAGCGCAUGGUCCCUCCCGGCGGUGUCACAAUCGACGGCCACUAUGUGCCCGGCGGAACGACGGUCAGCGUGGCUCCGUGGGCUGCGUCUCGCUCGCCAGAUAACUUCCAUGAACCGGACAAUUUCAGACCAGAGCGCUGGCUGCAAGCGCUCGACCAGUAUCAGAGCAAGGAGUUCGCCAACGAUCGUUUGGGAGCGAGCAGGCCGUUCGGAUAUGGGCCGAAGCGGUGUAUCGGAGAGGAUUUGUCGUAUCUCGAGGCGAGGCUGAUCAUAUCUCAUCUGCUGUUCACCUUCGACAUGGAGCUUGUUGAUGGGCAUAGUCCUGGCGCUGAAGCAAAUCUGCGGUGGGGUUUGAGGGCUGACAGCGAGUCGAUCCAGCUCUACCAGGUCUUGAUGAAGCCGGAUUUGUGGGUGCGCCUGUCGAAGAGGAACAAUGUCUCGUAG